AUGAAAUCUGAAUGCCAUUUAUGCUAAAUGACUGUUUAAAAUCUUGCUAAAUGCACUAAGACUCGUUGUCGCAAUUUUUUUUGUGAGAAAUGCAUCCAAGAAAAUUUUGAUAAAGGGUUUAUUUAUCAUAUUUGUUAUAAAGAAGGCUGCUGGGUUUGCUACGCAUGCUAAAAUGUCUGUUGCUGCAAGCUUUGCAAGGGAGAACUACUAUUAUACAGCAAGAAAUCUCUUGCAAAGCGUAAAAAUAAAAAUAUCGAAGCAUUGAAAUAGUCUUCUGUGUUAGAAAAGAGCAGCUCUACGAUUUCAAACAUCUAAGAAACAGAAAAAGAAAAAGAUUCCAGUGAUGAUCUACUUUUACACAAUGAUGAUUUUGUAAAAAGAGUAUUUUAAGACGAUAACGAAACUAUAAUCAAUGGAUUUAAAUAUAAUUUGAAAUAGCCAAGAAUGUUAAACUAGAAAAUUACGAAAUCUUUACCAUUGUACAACAAAGAAUAUCACUUUAAUAAAUUUUAUAGAAGAAAAAUGCUAUUAAAAGCUUUAUGA